AGUCACGGUGAGCUGCUACUGACUGACUGAGACCCUGAAGGAGGCCCUGCCUGGACCCUGGGUAGGAAACGUACGGUAGUGUAGUCACUAGUCAGUGCGAGGUGCGCCUCUCUUACGGAUAGAGGUGAUAAAGUCUCGUUGGAGACUUGCGAGACGGAGACGUGAGGUGAGGAAAAAGUGACAGCAUAAUGACAACUCCAAAAGUCCGUAAGAUCGUUCUCACGACGAAUAAUAUCCUGGAGAUGGAAGAAUUGAUUCGGAAGGCAGGACAGACGACGACAGAGGAGUUACGGGGAAGUAUCAAAACCACACUUAACAACUGGGAUGGUUGCAAAGAUGAUGCUGAAAGUGGCGAAGUACUCAGAAUUCAACGAAGUAUAAAUAAUCAGCCAAGUGAAGAUGGAUCUUGGACUAAAACUACUGUAAAGCUUUUCUUGAGUAACAAUGAGUCAAGUCAGGUUGAAGAUGCCAUUAAAACAGUAAUAACUGGAUUACAACUGCCUAGAAUUGAUACUGUUAUUGUUACUCCACCUGAUGUUAGUGAUGAUGCAACUCUCCAGUAUUUAGAACCUGUAUGGCGAGCAUUAGAGGAGGCUGUGGCAAAUGGAACCGUUGUUGACAUUGGUUUGGCUGAUGUCUCAGCACGCCUUUUUAUGGAGUUGUAUGAAUGGGCAGAAGUGAAACCUUCAACAGUCCAAGUCAGUCUUUCAUCGUGUUGCAUGGUACCACCAGAACUGAAUUCCUUUGCUCAACAACAUGAUGUGCAGGUGCUUACCCACAGUGACCCAGCAGAAAUUGUGGAUGAAGACAUUGUUUCAACCAUUACCAGUCGGCUUGGAUUGCAAGGGGGCCAGUGUCAAAUUGAGUGGAUAGCAAGACAUAGAACCAUUCAGCAGUGUUUUGGUUUGGUUAGAGAUAAAGCUUACACUCUUGCACUUUCUUGCAAUGGCUAAAGAACCUCUAAACAUUCUUUAAUGUCAUUGUCAUAUCUCCUCACUCUGUGUUGUCUUGUUAAUUAGAUGAUAAUAGAGAAUUAAACUAUACUGUUAUUAACACAUAGGGUAAAUCCUUUAUGGUACUUUACAUUCUAACUCAAAACCUUAUUGCAUUUUCAUUUUAGCACUAGACUGAAGUUUCACCCUAGGGAGCCAUUGAUAAGGAUUUGUGUGUGCAUCUGCAUUUAAUUGCCUUUCAUAAGACUGAAAAGCACCUUAUAAUCUUUUGAGAAUAAUAAACUUCAGAAGGUUGUGCCUUGAGGUUGGGACAGUGCUAGACUGGGAAGUAUGCUGUAUCCGAAGUAACUUCUCACAUUCCGAUACCUUGUUGCCCAGUCUCACAUUUUGUGUGCUCUAUUUAUUCCAACUAAGUCAUUUGCACUAUUUUUUUUUUUCAAGUACACAAGAUCAGUUGUUAAAAGACAUUUCAAAUGUGAUGUUAUUUAAGUUUUUAUUUUCAUUCACCUCCUUCUUAAGUAUGAAGUCUUCACAGCAUAAGAAUUGUAGCUUUAUUCGUAUCUUAUAGAUUGUUGCCAGAUAAUAAAUGUAUUUUGUUGAUGUAUCAUAGACUAUAUUUAACUUUAUCUCAGAUACAUAUAUGCUUGAAGGGUUCAUUUUUGUUCUCUUUGCAUUCUGUAGAGGUUUUGGUAAAUAUUCAGUAUCCCACAUGUACUCUGAAAUACUUGUUUUCCAUUCAGGUACAUUUUUUAUUACUUUUUUUAGAAGUCUUACAUAGAAUAUAGUUCUAAUACCAGUAUUAUUUUAAUUAUAUCCAAUUAUUAUUAUUUGUAGAUUUUAUGAAUUUGGCAUAUCAUUGCCAUUGUUUUACGUAGGGUUACUUUUCUUUGUUAAAUAUUUGUAUAUUUAUUUUCAAGCUACUUUUAUUUUAGUUUUAUAAGUUUUGUAUUUAUGGGAUUAUAGUUAAAAUGAAGUUGGAUUAUCUGCCAAGUUCGUAAAUACAGAAUGAAUACAGUAUCAUUAAAGAGCUUUAGAUGUGUAUUGCACAAGACUCUAAUAGGCUUCACAAAUAUUGGUCUCUUUGUAAGCCAGUUUGACCACUAAUAGAUUUUUGUGAAAAAAAAAAAAAUUAUGCAUCAAAAGUGCAUGUUUAUGUUUUGACUUACAUGUGUAAGGUAACAUUGUAAGUUGAGAAUAUUAGUUUAACUUGCGUAAAGCUAAAUUUUUAAGAUGUUUUAAAGUUUUAUGCAAUGAUUAAUAACAGCACCUAAUCUUAAUAUAAGCAAUUAAUAAAAAACUGAGAUCCUUACCCUAAUGGCCUUACCUCUCUUAGAGCCAUUCAGAAGUUUCAAAUGAAGUUUGAUAAGGUGUGGUUUAAUGUGUCGGACUUGCUUGUGUAAAGAGCAUCAGUUUGGUUCUGUGAUCAACUCAUGUUAGCAAAAGAGUUAAGGAUUUGGAGGUAACUCCUGCAAGAUAAGGUUGCCUUAGGAUAUUUAGCACCAUAAUCUAGGAUUUUAGAGUCUGUGAUAUCAGUGAUACAAUAUGGAUUGAUAAAAUUGAUGCAGGAAAAUGCUUUAAGUUUUAUCUCUGCAUUAGUCAGUGGAAUGUAACUAGGUAGAUAUUUUGUUCCAAACUAUAAAAAAAGAGAGGAUUUUAUUGCUUUUGGAAUGUAAACAUGUAAAAUUGCCUCUUGCCAGGUAGACUGUCAGCUUCAUGUAAGUACAGUGUUUGAUUACCUGUUGGCUGUUUCAUGCAGGUCAUUGGAAGUUAUAUAUAAUUUUCGUUAUAAUUUCUUGGUAUUUGAAGAGUUCGUUUUAGAAUCUAGCCAUAUAUAUACCCUCAGCUGGUUUGGAAGAUUCUAAUAGUUUUUAAUUUUUUUUUUUAAUCAUAGAUCAUUGUGCUAGAAGGUGUUUUCUUUACUCUGUUCAUAUGACAGUUAGAUGUUCAUUGUUCAAGGGGAGCAUAUCUGUUUACCAAAUAUAGCGUAAUUUUUUGUUCUCCAAAACUAUAUUUUGAUUUCAGAUCAGAAUCCUUUGACCUUAUGAUAAGUGUUUCUCUCAGUAAUCAAGUACGUACAUACAUUGUGCAUCAAUGAUCUUUGAGAAUUUAAUGUAAAAUCUCUAAAUUGGGAAAUAUUCUGUCAAUAGGUAAUUGAUAAGUAGUAAUUUUUUUGUGGCUGAUAGCAAAAUGUGUAAAUUUUAUGUAGUGAACCCAUUCACUGUUUCAAAGUGUCAUAAUAGUCAUGAUUCCCAGUUAUGUGGGAAAAAAAUUAAAUCAAAGUUACUGUAUGUGUAUGGUAUGCAUAUUCUAGAUACCAAGGUUUUCAAAUAGGUUUAGAACAUUUAGUAGAUACUUUGAACUCAUGAAGUAGUACUUUAGGUUCAGUUCGUGAUAACGAUAAUUUGAGGUUCAGUGAAGAGAGAAAAAAAUUUAAAUAUGUAAAGUUUUAUCCUUAUAAAUAAUAUGAGUUAAUUAAUCAGACCACUAAAUCUUGUUUUCCUGUUCUCAUUGCUUUCUUGGAUGAUUUCCUGCUGAAUGUUGCCAAAAAUUGGAGCAGGAUUAUUUGAAAUAGUCAGAAGAGAGCAAAGGAAAAUAUAAAGUACUAAAAGAUAAAGUUUAUUAAUUGAGGACAGAAAGUUGCAGAAAAAACUGUGCUGCCUAACAUGCUCUUUGUUGGAAGUAUCCUUUUAUGAAAAUUAAUUUGAAGGUGUAAUUGAUAUCUCUCGUAUGUUACCAAGUAGGAUUGUUGAAGGUAUGAGAAUAAACUUGACCGUCCCCCAGGAUUAGAACUUGCCUUUGUAAGAUAGUUCAUAUGUCAGAACAUAUAUAGUAAAAGUCUCAUCUGGCA